AUGGCGGGUGUCGCUGAAAAAGCGCGCUUUUACCUCGAGCGGUCCGUACCGCAGCUGCGAGAAUGGGAAGAAAAAGAAAUCUUUACCAAGGACGAAAUCCGCACCAUUGUCCAAAAACGAAACCAAUAUGAGCACAAGGUCCUCUCCCCCGGCAACACUCCCUACGACUGGUCCUCGUACGCGCAGUGGGAGCAAUCCCUCGAGACGCUCAGGGCCAAGCGCUGCAAGCGCCUCAAGAUCCGGCACCUGAGCUCGGCGCACGCCGGCCAGGGCCGCGUGCUCGGCAUCUACGAGCGCGGCGCCGGCCGUCAUCCGGGCAGCAGCGCGCUCUGGCGAGAGUACCUUGCCUACACGGCCGGCGUCAAGGCGUCGAAGCGCUGGCGCAAGACGGUGACGAGCGCGCUGCGCAUGCUGCCCACCGACGCCGACCUCUGGGUCGUCGCCGGCCGCCGCUCCGCGCACAACGGCGACAUGGCCGCCGCCCGCGGCUUCUUCAUGCGCGGCUGCCGCUUCUGCACCACCGACGACCGCCUCUGGGUCGAGUACGCGCGCUGCGAGAUGGAGUGGCUCGCCAAGAUGGAGGACAAGAAGCGCAGGAGCAAGACGAAAGAGGCCAUUCCGGCGCGCCGGCCGGCCGAGGACGACGAGCUGCGCAUCGACGACAGCGAGGACGAGGGCGAGGACGAGGACGGCGUCAUCCUGCCGGAGCCCACCAAGGCCCAGGCCAAGGUCAUUGACAAGUCGGCCGCCCGGCAGCUCGCCUCUAACCCGGCCCUCGACGGCGCCAUCCCCAUGGCCAUCUUUGACAUUGCCCGCAAGCAGCCCUUUUACGCGCCCGACGUCGCCGAGCGCUUCUUCCUCAUGUUCGCCACGUUCCGCCAGCAGACCCCCGUCUACCCGCGCGUCUCGCAGCACGUCCUCUCCGCGCUCGAGGCCCAGUUCCCCAAGGACCCGGCCACGGCCAGCUGCCUCAUCCGCCAGCCGAUCGCGGGCGUCAGCCCGCUCACGGCCGACUUCCCCAGGGGGCUUCGGGAGGCGCUGCCGCGGAUCGUGGAGCAGCUCGCCGCGACGUCGGAUCGCGAGGCGCUGGUGCGCAAGACGGAGGCGUGGAUCGACGAGUGCCUGGCCGUCGAGGGUCUUGACGAGGGUAUCAGGACAGUGCUGGAGCACACGAAAAGCAGCCUCGCCGAAGAGGCAAAGUGA